UCCAAGCUCACUCUCACGCAAUGCAAAUCCAUAACAACAACGACUCGGACCUACAAACUAAGACACGAGAAGAAGGAGACGAAGAAGACCGCAUUGGAUUAGGAUUUUGAUUCAAUUACCUCAGUGAAGUUAUCUCUGGAAUUCUCGUGUGUCUUCAUCUUCUUCGUUGCAACGACGCCCAGACCAAGCCAUCGCUCUGAAGGUAGGCUCCUGUUUCACUUCUCUUGAUUGCAUUUGAUUAAUUGUUACCAGCUUGUAUUUUUGAAUACCAGGGAGCUAUAACCCUAAGGUUUUGAGUCUGAAUUAGGCUUGUAUGGUAUUUAAUUUGGAUUUGGAAACUUAGGGUUCAUAUGGUGUUUGUUUCGAUUUGAAAUUUGGAUGAGAAAUUAGAGGAAACGGUUUGAAGAUUAUAAGAAAAGGAGAAGAGACAAACAUAACAAUGUAGGAUAGAGGGUGGAAUUUUCGGAUCCUUACUCCCUCAAUCCUUGCUUAGUUUCGUUUGGGCUCACAAUCUAUCAACCCCACAACAAUUGCUAAUACACCAUGCGCAUUGCUAUUACACUCCCCUGAUCUGAACUAAUUUACCAACAACAAACUUGAGCCUUGUUGCAUGGGUCUGCAUCCAUAAUUACAUGACACACCCUGCCAUCCCAGGCAUACCAUCUACAUCAUAUGUUUUUUUGUUUGUUUUUUUAUCUCUUUCUUUAGAAUUUUUGUUGAUUUUUAAUACCACGGAAAAUACUUAUAAAAUCAUGAUAUACUUAGAUAAUUGUAUUUAAUUGUCUUUACCAUUUAAUCCAUGCUUUGAAAAAAAAAUAAUAACACAUAUGUUCAUGUUAAUUUUAGAUUAAUCUGUAGAAAUUAAGUAUGAUGACACUUUACUUUUCCUUAGGGUUUUUAGAAUUCAUAAAAACUCAUGUGCUUGUUCAUACUUUGAUCUAACCCCUGAUUGACUUAUUGAUGAAAGUUAUCUUUGAUCAAGUAGUCCUUUGACACAUGUCUAAUUUCUCUAUCCAAUCAAGUGAUCAAAAGUCUCUUGAUCACUUGAUAGGAUUAGUCCUUUAUAUUGGCAUUACACUGGAUAUCAACUCAAGUCACACUUCAUAUUCAAGACAUCAUCAUGAAAGACAUCAAGAUUGGAUCAACGCUUCAUCAUUCAAGCAUAGCAAAAAGAUUCUCCCAUCAACACUUGUCAAUUGUGAUACAAAUUGUGCGCCAAGAGCCUUAAGUAGUAGAGAAGGAAUGAUAAGGAGCAUUCCAAUCCUUGUUCUGAAUAUCUUUGGAUACGGAACGCCUCACCCAAUGGUUCAAAGUAUUCAUCUCUACUCGUAGACUUUAGUGCAAUUAAAAUUGAAUAAUUAUCAAGUCUUCUUCCCACAAAUUUUCUUUCUUUGUCCAUAUAAGACUAAAAUCAUUUUUGUAAAUGAAUUCAAACACACUUAAAAAUACGAUUAGAAUUGUGCGCCACGAACCUUAGGAAGUGGAGAAGGAAUGAGAGGGAGUAUUCCCAUCCUUAUUCUGAAUAUCUUUGGAUACGGGAUGUUUGACCCAAUUUUUCAAAGUAUUUCAUCUCUAUUCAUAGAGUUUAGUAAAAUUCCCAUCUCUAUUCCCAUCCUACUCAUUUCAGUACAUUAACAUUUGAUCAGUUCCAUUUACAUUUGAUCACUAACAAUUCAUAAAACUUGGCUUUUGAUACAACCAAGUACAAUAUAACAAAUUACAUUAACAAUCAAUUCACACUCAAGUUCACUAACUAAUUGCACCUUCAAACUAAUCCUAACCGAAGCUAACCAUCCUUCUUGUUUGAAAGUUCAUGACAACCAAUCUCAUUAGUAUUAACUCUAACUAAUCAAAUAAUUUCAACUCAAACAAACUAAAACUUCCAAUACAUUCUCAACUGACAUUUCAAAAUAAGUUUAGCAGACUGACUAACUGUUUCAUUCAUUAACUACAAUUCAAAUACAAAAGUUCAUACUAACAACUCUAACUAAGAUCUAAAUAAUUAACUUGAAAUAUAAAUGUUUCAUUCAUUUCUAACUAACCUUCAAUAAUAAUCCAUCCAAGCUGACUAAUUUUUUUCAUCCUAAUAACUAACUUCAAGUCCAAACUCUAACUGCAUUUGACAGAGGUUUAACAGUGUUAACAAACUUCUAAAAACCACUUCACAAAAUCACUUAACCACGGUGCCCUAACCCCUGACCAUAUUUCCCUUCUGUUACACCUUCCAUCUCUAUAUAAUUCAUCAUUAUCCCCAAUCAUUAGGGAUUCACCUUUCAUUUUACACAAAUCUCUCUCUCUCUCUCUCUCUCUCACACACACACACACACACUCCAACCUCACUCUCACGCAAUGCAAAUCCAUAACAACAACGACUCGGACCUACAAACUAAGACACGAGAAGAAGGAGACGAAGAAGACCGCAUUGGAUUAGGAUUUUGAUUCAAUUACCUCAGUGAAGUUAUCUCUGGAAUUCUCGUAUGUCUUCAUCUUCUUCGUUGCAACGACGCCCAGACCAAGCCAUCGCUCUGAAGGGAGCUAUAACCCUAAGGAGAAGAAGGAGACUAAGUUCAGUGUGAAAAUAAAUAAGCUCCUUCAAGCUCGACGCGCGUUUACUUCAAAUCUAACGUCAUAACAAAUUAGGGCUCUCUGUUUCCCCCAAUUCAGAAUAGGGUUCUUUUUCUGCAAUUUGGCUUCAUCCUCCCACCGUUUUGGCCUCAGAUUUCGCAGCUGCAUCUCUUCCAAAUCGCCUCCCUCAACAGGCAUUUGUAAGGCGGUGCAAUCUACAAAAAUGCUUUUUGGGGUGAAAUUCAUUCCCCGUGACCAGGUAGAAGAUCGGGACUUAGAUAAGGAUUCUGUCUCCAAGGAAAGAAAGAAAUCAGACAGUAGGAGGAAAGAGGAUAAGAGCCCUAGGAAUAGCUCUUCUGAUGAGGAGGAGCUUGAUAGAAUAAAAGGUUCUAGAAAGAAGAAGUUGUAUUCAUCGGAUGAAGAUUCUUCAUUUUAUACAAUCGACAGUGAAAGUGAUCGGGAUGAUAAGAAAAGGAAAAGUAAAGGAAAGAAGAAAAAGGACAAGAGUUAUAUGAAUAUCUCGUCUGAUGAGGAUGCGUUGGAUGAGAUGAAAAAGGGAUCUAGAAAGAAGCGGUACUCAUCUGAUGAGAAUUCUUCAUUUUAUACAAGCGAAAGUGAAAGCGACCGGGAUGAUAAGAAAAGGAGAAGGAAAGGAAAGAAGAAAAAGGGUAGGAGUAGAGAGAACAAGAUCAAAGGAGAAGCUGCCAACAUUGCAGCCAAUUCUACAAGUAAGAAGGAUAUUGCUAGAAAAGAAAUGGGGUUGGAUUGGAUGCUUAGGUCUGAAAGUACGAGGCCUGCAGUUUCAGAAACAAAUGAGAUAUUACCAGAAGAAGCUCCAGUUGAGGAGUCAAAGAAGACAAAUCCUAGGGAAUUGAAUCCCUAUCUUAAGGAUGAUGGAAGUGGUUACCCAGAAGACAGUGACGGAGUUAACGUUGCUGCAAGCAAACUUCUAUCAUCUUCCCUUGUUGGGGAUGGAGGAGCAAGUUGGAGACUUAAAGCAUUAAAGCGUGCACAAGAGCAAGCAGCUAGAGAAGGACGAAGCUUUCAAGAGGUUGUGGGAGAAAGGUGGGGUUCCCUUGGUGAGUUGACUGCAUCUGUUGCAUCAGGAGCAGCUGCCCCAGCCCGAGCUCAUCUACGUGCUAUUAGAAGUAGACAAAGAAGGGUAGCUGAGGAUAAUUCACCAGAUUCUGAAAAGCCUAUCCCAAGAGAUUCUAAAAGGGAUCGGCACCAUGAAAUGAAAGCGCCUAAAGUGCAAGAUUCAUUAUCUUGGAGAAAGCGCAAAAGCCAGUUUGUGGUAGCUGAGGGUGCUGAGAUCGUUGCGGCUGCAGCAUCUAGCUUAAAUAAAUUUGCUAAUGAUGGAAGCUUUAUGCGGGAAUUAGUCAGUAAGGUGAGUGGUAACUCAGAUGUAAGCACAACCAGUGAAGGAAGUACAGUAGCAGUACAAAAUAAGAUGAGUGCAAACCAGUUGGCAGCCAAGGCUAUGCAACUUCGUUUGAAAGGAAAGAAUGACGAAGCUGACAAACUAAUGGAAGAAGCGAAGGUUUUGAACACAACGCAGACAAACGAAGAUCAUGUAAUUAGAUCAAGAGCUGAGGGAAGUUCUAGAAGGUAUGCUAUGCAAAGGAUAUCUACUGAACAGAACAAAGGCGAGGAUGAUGCCGAUAUGAAUCUUGCUCGCAAUAUAAUGCAGAACAAACAAUUUAAGGUUCACACUCAAGCAGAUGAUGAAUAUGAUUUUGAAGAUGGUCCAAGUAGAAAGAGUAGAAAGAAGCAAGGAGGCGAAGACCCCAAGAAUAUCCCAAAUAAGAUGAAUGCAAAUCGAUUCUUGACCCAGAAAGAACGCUGCCUCUUUUGUCUAGAGAAUCCAAAACGGCCUAUGCAUCUUGUUGUAUCCAUUGCAAAUUUCACAUAUCUUAUGUUGCCACAGUUGCAGCCAUUGGUUCCUGGUCAUUGUUGUAUUCUACCCAUUCAUCAUGAAUCAGCUACAAGAACUGUGGAUGAUAAUGUGUGGGUAGAAAUCCGAAACUUCAAGAAAUGCCUAAUUAUGAUGUUUGCAAAGCAAGAUAAGGAAGUGGUGUUUCUUGAAACUGUGAUGGGAUUGGCACAGCAACGGCGCCAUUGUAUGAUUGAGUGCAUUCCUUUACCCAAAGAUAUUGCUAAAGAUGCUCCUUUAUACUUUAAGAAGGCAAUUGAUGAAGCAGAAGAUGAGUGGAGCCAGCAUAAUGCCAAAAAACUGAUUGAUACUAGUCAAAAGGGUCUGCGCAACUCAAUUCCCAAGGAUUUUCCAUAUUUUCACGUUGAAUUUGGCUUAAACAAGGGAUUUGUUCAUGUCAUUGACGAUGAAAAGGACUUCAAAAGUAGCCUCGGAUUGAAUGUUCUUAGAGGCAUGCUGCAUUUACCUGAGGAAGAUAUGUACAGACGACAAAGGUAUGCCGCACUGGAGGUACAGAAGCAAGCAGUCACUAGCUUUUCCAAAGAGUGGAAACAGUUUGACUGGACUACGGAACUUCAUUGACGUAUUUUUGUAGUAUUUAGUCUUGAUAAAAACAAACCAUGCAUUGUAACAAAAGGAAUGUAACAAAAGGAAUGAAUGGAGUAAAGUAUUAAAUGA